AUGACAGGUGCACGACAAGCUGUGCGAACUGAGUCUCAACUCAAAUAUUCUUCCAACUACAAGAGAUCCACUUUGCCUUAUCUGUUGGCAGAAUAUGGGUUGGAAAGUACAGAAUCGUUUCCGCGACUCACACAACAGGAGAGAGCAAAGACAAGAGCAAGGACAGCUCCACUAAAGCAAAAACAAAAAUCCAGUAGUUUUUUACACUUCGAUGAGGAGAGAGCUCGCAGGAAACAGACUGAAAGAGAUGAGCACUGUCUGAAACUGAUUCAAGACAUGCACCGACUCCGGGACUACUAUUAUCAAGUAUACACAAGGCGUCUGGCUGAAAAAGUUGAAAAACAGCGGAAAGAAAUCAAAGAGAAAGACCUUCAAAGCCGAGAAAAGAGAAUAAAAAAAGAAGAAGAAGAGAGAAGAUCCAGUCACCGGCUCAAGAAGAGAUUAGAGUACCAUGUAGCAGAGACUUCAGUUUCAUCUGACAGUGUUCCUAAAACUGAUCUCUACUAUAUUGUUGGACUGGAAGAUAAACUUGUGCGAGAAGGAAAACUCAAGACAAUGGAUGAUUUGAAUAAAUUUAGAUUCGAGAUUGAAGAUCCUCAUGUGUUCUACUCCACAUUUAAAGUGACUAAAUCUACAGGUGUGAAGAAAAUGCCAGGGUACUCACUGGAUCAAAUUUCAAGAGAUAAUCAGAACAGAGCCACUGAUACACAACCACUGACUGCGGACAAUCUGGCAGAAAUGGCUUCCACUGGACAAGCCUUGAGGUCCUUAACUCGAAUCUCUGAAUUCAGGGAGUCCAAACCAGAUAUUUCUAGUGACAGCUGGGCCAUCACACAACAAUAUCAGAAACGUACAAGCAUGUCUGGACUUCCCACCAGCAGACAGAAAACGCUUCUUCAAUCUGACUUUGACAGGAGGUUUCCCAAGGUUGAAAUGCCAAAGUUGCACUGCUUCACGAUGGACCUGGCCACCAAACAGCCAGAUCCUACUGAGGUACAACAAAAAGCUGAACUGAAAGCAAAACAGAAGCAAAGAAAGAGACUCAUGCGAAAAAUUGCCAAAAUGUACCAGCUUGCAAUGAGCAAUAUUGCUACUUCUGCCAGAAUACUAAGCCAGCACGAGGAUAUGGACAUCUUGUUUAACGGGCCCGCUCUGAGUGAUGUAAUUGCUAGACAGCACUGGGCAGAAGCAGACAUCUCUCAAGCUUCUGAACAAGUAGGUGAGGCUCAAGACCUGGGUCAGUCUCAAGAAGUAGGUCUAUCUCAAGAAGUGGGUCAGUCUGAAGAAGUAGGUCUAUCUCAAGAAGUAGGUCAGUCUGAAGAAGUAGGUCUGCCUGAUCACCAGAUGAUAUGCCAUGAAGUAGAUCUUCCAGUUGAAGAAAGAAACAUGGCUUUACCUUUGACAAUGGAAGAGAUUCAAGACAACAUGAAAAUCCUGGAAAGCAAAUCUCUGAGCACAUUCUGGACAAACUAUCUUGGAGCCGGAAAAUGA